AUAUUGGAAGAGUGGAAAUGAUGGAGGGGGGAAGUUCAAAGACAAAGAGAGCAGCUUUUAAUGAUCAUGGUGGUUUCCUUGAUAUUGUGCUUUCUUGGUCCCUUGAGGACAUUGACCCCGAUACGAGCCCAUACAAGAACCAGGUAGAAAAAAUUCCACGGGAGUUUGAAUCUGUUGAGCAGUAUUUUGGGAAAUACGUUUACCCCUUACUGGAAGAAACUCGUGCAGAACUGCAUUCUAGUAUGGAGAUUAUAUCAAACGCUCCUUUUGCUGAAGUAAUCGCAUUUGAUGAAUCUAAGCCAUAUGGGAAGAAUUUGUAUGAUGUUAAGGUUGAUUCCUGGAGAAACAGAUUCAGUGUUCUUGGCAAGGAGCCCUACAAAACGUUGCCUGGAGAUAUAUUAGUUUUAGCAAAUGCUAUACCGGAGGAUGUUUCUGAUUUACAAAGAACAGGAUGCCAAUGGGCUUUUGUAACGGUCACUAAAAUCCCAGAGGAUGAAGAAAACGAGGAAGAGGAUGAAGAAAACGAGGAAGAGGAUGAAGAAAACGAGAAUACUAGUUUUACAGAGAAUACUAGUUUUACAGUCAAGGCGUUGGAAGGCAUUGGGAUCCAGAAAUCAUUGUUUCUGAUUUUCUUGAUAAAUACAACCACUAACAAGAGAAUAUGGAGUUCCUUGCACAUGUCUGGGAAUCUGGAGAUUAUCAAAAACGUUUUGAACACUAAUUCUUUCAUUGAGGAAAAUGGUGCCAUCUGUUGUGCUCAGAGAGGUGGGAAUUGGGAUGAGAAAUUUGGGACUAGUGUUACUUCUGAACUGAAUGAAACCCAAACCAAGGCAAUUCUGGCAUGUCUCCAUAAGAUACAUUGCAACCACAAGGUCCACAAGUCAGCUGUGGAACUUAUAUGGGGUCCUCCGGGUACAGGGAAAACAAAAACCAUCAGUACAUUGCUCUUUACUCUUUUAAGAAAGGGAUGUAGGACUCUUACUUGUGCCCCAACAAAUGCUGCAAUCAGAGAAACGGCUUCUCGCACCCUAAAGCUGGUGAAAGAAUCCUUUGAAAGAGACAUUGGGAUUGAUGCUUUGUUUUUCUCAAUGGGAGAUAUUCUCUUAUUUGGGAAUAAGGAGCGCCUCCAACUUGGUUCAGACAUUAGAGAGAUACAUUUGGAUUAUCGGGUCAAAAGGCUUAGUGAGUGCUUAGGACCCCUGAGUACUGGUUGGAGGCAUUGUUUUGCUUCAAUAAUUGAUCUUCUUGAACAUGGUGUUUCUCUGUAUAAAAUCUUCUUGGAGAAUGAAUCACUCAAAGAGAAAGAACACAACAAUGAAAAUGAAAUCAACUCAUUUCUUGAUUUUCUGAGGGACAGAUUUGGUUCUACUUCAUCAUCACUCAAAAAUUGUAUUCAUGUCUUUUGUACUCAUUUACCAAAACAAGACGUUCUGAAACAAAAUUUCCAAAACAUGGUCUCUCUGAUUGGCCUGCUUGAGUCUUUUGAAACCUUGCUGAUUCAAGAUAAUGUGGAAUCUGAAGCACUGGAGGAGCUUUUUUCUCAUUCAAAAUUACCUGCAGAUAUAUUUCUGUCAUCUAUGGAUAUGCCAUUCUUGUUGUAUGAAAGGAGAAGAGAAUGCCUGUCUGUUUUAAGGACUUUUAAUGGUUCGUUUAAUUUGCUUGACCGUCUAAGCGUUAUGAGCAAACGGUCAAUAGAGGAAUAUUGUCUUCAAAAAGCUUCCUUACUUUUUUGCACUGCUUCAAGUUCUUAUAAGCUGCACUUGGUGCCAAUGAAACAACCCCUGAGCAUUAUGGUUAUUGAUGAAGCUGCACAAUUAAAAGAGUGUGAGUCAACCAUACCGUUGCAACUUCGGGGUUUAAGGCAUGCUAUUCUUUUUGGAGAUGAGUGCCAAUUACCAGCAAUGGUUGAAAGCAAUGUAUAUUUCUGGUAA